UCGCGUUGUUGCACGGAGAGUACAAUCUCGCGCGCGGUCGUGUUCGACAAUCGAGAGAUCGACCCGGCCUCGAUGUAUCGACGCGGUCGCAGCGGCUUUUAGGUUGGAUCGGCCCGUCUUCAACUACGCUCGCGAUGAGUUUCUGACGUUGUCCGAAGGGAAAAGAUUGUCCUCGCGCGUAGAAUGGCGGUGUCUUUCCUCGGACGGGGGUUCGCGUUGACGCGACGGAAUCUCCUCAAAGUCCCGAAGCGGCACGGAUACAUAGUUCUACUUCCAGAAAUCGGCGAAGAAUCGUCGGAAAAGAAUCCUUUGCUUAAGGAUGACAAUCUACCAGAAUUUAACACGCUCACAAUUGAAAAGUGUACGGCGGCUAUUGGGAAGCAAACCGUGGAUUUUGAGGAGAAGAUGAAGAGCUUGGAGAAAAUUGUGGAAACGACAAAGGAAAUAGAUGUAUUCAACGAUUGGUUACAUCCGAUCGAGGAUGUGUAUCUUCCUCUAGAAACCACUUGGGGCAUAGCCAAGACUUUGUACUUUAGCAACCAGAGUCUGAUGCCGACAAAAUGCUACGUGGGUAUUCACGAACGUGCCACGAGAGCCGCGGCGAGCAAAUUUGGCAGCGCGCCGCUCUUUAAAGCGUGCAAGGAAGCGCUGGACAAUAAGGAUAUGAAAUGGACACAUUCGCAGAGGAGGGUACUUACAAAGUACGUGCUGGAGGGAACCUUGAAUGGCCUGCAGCUGGAGAGUAAAGAGUUGGAGAAGUACAUGGACGACCUGAGGUACAUCAUGUCGAAAAUCAAGGAGUACAAGCCGAAAUACGAGAGCUCUACAGCCGUAUAUAGUAUGACGAUACACAACAAACAAGUCGUGGAGGAUUUUCCAGAGGACUGUCUCAAAUCCAUCGCGAUGGAUCCCAGGCAACCUUACACAGGUCCUUGGACGAUCAAUUUAAAGCCGUAUAUCCUGCAACCAUUUAUGGAGUAUUGCCCCGAUCGCGAGUUACGGGCGAAAGUCUGGGAUGCCGAUGUCACGCGGUGUUCUAAUUAUCAAGAGAGGUCCGUUCAAGCUAGCGUGACGUUGGAGGAGCUCCGUGCAAAAAGAAUCGAGCAGGCGAAGCGCUUGGGGUUCAAGAAUUACGCGGAGAUGAGCAUGGAGACAAAGAUGGCCGGCACUCUGGAGAAUCUGUACAACACAAUGGAAAUUCUUCGGAACACUGCAUUUUCCGCUCAGAAACAAGAAAUCGCGAAUUUAACCGAGUUUGCGAAGGAGAGAGAUUUCAAUGAUGUUAUAAGGGUAUGGGACAUUGCGUUCUGGGGUAGAAAACAACGCCACAUGCACAACUGCGACGAAAACAAAUGGAGAGACUACUUUCCGCUACCAACCGUGCUGUCCGGCCUUUUCGAGCACAUUGAGACGCUUUUCAACGUGAAAAUAGUCGAAAACAAGAAAGCGGAUAUUUGGCACAAGGACGUACGGUUCUUCGAUAUAUUCGACUUGAACGGAUCCGGCGCAGCGCCCAUCGCGAACUUCUACCUAGACCCCUACGCCAGAGGUACGGAGAAAUUCCGCAAGGAACAGAACUCUGGAUGGGUGUCCACAAUUAAGAGUAAGAGCAAAAUCGGCAAUAGCACUCCGUUGAUCGCCCUGAUCUUCAACUUUCCGCCACCGAUGGGCGACAAACCUUCCCUGCUCUCCUUCAGGGACGUGCAGGUUCUCUUUCAAAAGUUUGGACACGCUUUGCAACAUUUGCUAACCACGGUCGAGUACUCUGACAUUGCCGGAUUGUCGUUUGUGGAAUGGGACGCGGUAUUCAUUUGCGAUUUCUUCAUGGAGAACUGGUUGUACGAAACAUCUAUGUUGCAAAAAAUCUCCGAACACUACGAAACAAAACAGCCAUUACCUGAGGAAGCUAUCGAGAGCAUUAAAAGAAUGAGAUUGCACUUGGCCGGCUACAAACUUUGCAAAGAACUGUACUUGUCACAUUUAGAUCUGGAGCUACAUUCCAGUGAGAUCUUUUGGGUGGCUAUGAUGAAACGCUUGUGGCCGAAAUAUUUCGUGUUGCCUCUCGAAAAAAGGGACGUUCAUGUUUGCAACUUUGAGGCUAUAUGGAGUGGCAAUUGGGCGGCCGCGUAUUUCAGCAAAGUUUGGUCCGAGAUGAUAGCCGCCGAUUUGUACACGGCUUUCCAAGAGGUCAAGUCCGACGUGUCGCAGCAGAAGGAGCUGGGCGCGAGGUUCCGCGACACAUUUUUGUCCCUGGGCGGCAGUUAUCCUGCCGCCGAGGUGUUUAGGAAAUUCAGAGGAAGGGACCCGAGUCCGCAGGCGUUACUGGACAAUCUCGGAUUGACGCGCGCGGCGAAGGAAACGAAGUGAUGUGAUUACACGAUUAGAUGCAAUACUGCUCUCCACGGGUGCGCAAAAGUAACGACGAAACCUGUAUAGUAAUAGAUAACUUACUUAGGAUCCAGGAAUUAAUUGAAUUGUGAAGUGGUCGAAUUAUGCAAUAAAUUAUUACUUGUAAAAUAAUGUGCUAGAAAAACGCGAGCUUUUGUUGAAAUUAAAAUGAUAUACGAUGGUUAAUUUGAACAAAACGAAAUAUGUAGUAGGUAUGUUAUAAACAAUUUCUUUGUCUUCGGUGCCGUACUUUUUUUUAUUAAAAUGUUUGUAAAAUACUUUUUCCCCGCACCCUCCUUUUCCGCAUUAAAUAUAUACAUACAUGUGUA